CACAUUUUUUCACCCUUCCCUGCUGUUGCGAAGGAAUGGCGAGAGAAAGUUGGGCACGUGAUGGGGAAGGUUGACCGUGUCGAGAGUCAGUCGCCUCCAGUCUCUAGAAAGGUCUCGGGGAACCGAAAGGUGGCUUCUGUGGAAUGUCUUAGACACUUCAGCGGCCCGUUCUCGACAAAGCCUUUCUCCUUGGUCAAGUGCGCCAGCGGCGAUAAUUUGAAGUACGGAGGCAUGGCCGUUGAUCGGAUCAGCCUUCACCAGCCGACGCACGCCAUGCAUCUUCUCCAUACGGUAUCCCUUGCUGGAGGCCGUGAUCCGAAACACAUGGCUAUCUAUGCUGUCAUAUUCCUUGGGUCGCAUUUGCCAGCUCUCGCUACCUCUGGCGCUCGUCCGUUGCGCCGGGCUCUGUAUGAUCGUCGCGGAAUCCGGAGAAUGAUACACGUCCCGCAACGCAUGGCUCCUGGCAGAAACAAAGAUCCUCUCGGGACGCGGCAACCCCAUCCCAUGUUGCCGCUCUCCGUUGAUAACAGAUGCGGUAUCAUGCACUAUCUUCGAGCCAGCCUUACGUGGCGAGCCGUCUCAUCUCUCUUGCCGCUGGCCGAGUCGUCUUACCUAUUGGAUGGUACUAAGCGAGCGCUACGGGCUUGUAUCACGAAAUUUCCACUCGCUACAUGAUAUGCAAUAGGGUUUUGUUUCAACGCCAAAAUCUGCAGGGCAUUGCUGACUGCCGAUAGUUCAGUACGGCAUGUCUAUGAGCCGUACGCCACUAUUAUCAGCUGCAUGGAAUGGGUAUAUGCGGGAGACAUCCAAAGCAUGCUACCGGACUGAUUCGCGAAUAGCUCGGUGCGCAUCUCCCGGCGAUGUGGGGCCGGGGCCGCGCCGACUCAACCAACUUGAGAUGGUUGUCCAAUGUCUAUGGCUGGAGAGGCGCAGCAUAGCUGAUGUUGCAGCUAACGCGCAGAGAAACAAAACAAAAUACCACUCGCUUGCGGAUCGAUAGAAUUCCAGCUUCGUCUCUUCUUUCGGAUGCUGACUU